CGGCGACAAUCGCAAUCAUAUCGAGUCGCCUUGGGUUUCACUGGAGCUGGACAAUCCGGUCGCUUUUCCCCAUCUACAAUACUUGCAGACAAGCGGUUACUCGAAUCUGCCACUAUAUUCCGUCAUCAUGGCUUCCGCUCGUGGCCCCCGAUGGCAACAGUUCUUACAGGAGCUGGUAAUGGUUGCCGGCACCUCUGCAUCUGCAUAUUUCCUCAUUAGAUACCUUCUCUCACGCCUCGACUUUGACCCAGAGAGCCAGAAAAAAGAAGAACAACGGCGCAAGUCUGCAGCUAUCUUACGGAAACUCGAUGGCGGAGAUGAGUCGGACGAGGGUUCGCCGCGCCGCGGGCGCAAGGAAAAGAGCCGGCCUAAGAGAGGCGAUCUGACCCUCAACCAAUAUGAACAGGCUAUUGCGAUGGACGUGGUUGCUCCGGAUGAUAUUCAUGUGUCUUUCGAAGAUAUAGGCGGCCUGGACGAGAUCAUUGAAGAGCUCAAAGAGUCUGUCAUUUAUCCCCUGACAAUGCCCCAUCUAUAUUCCUCAUCCUCCUCGCUCCUUACCGCACCCUCCGGAGUUUUGUUGUACGGACCGCCUGGGUGCGGAAAGACUAUGCUCGCGAAAGCGUUGGCGCACGAGAGCGGCGCAUGCUUCAUCAAUUUACAUAUAUCGACAUUGACGGAGAAAUGGUACGGUGACUCAAACAAACUUGUCAACGCAGUAUUCUCGCUGGCCCGGAAGCUUCAACCUUCGAUUGUGUUCAUUGAUGAGAUCGACGCCGUACUGGGCACGAGAAGAAGCGGAGAACAUGAGGCCAGCGGCAUGGUCAAAGCAGAGUUCAUGACGCACUGGGACGGUCUCACCUCAGCGAACUCUUUGGGAGAGCCUCAGCGCGUGGUCGUCCUGGGUGCUACCAACCGUAUCCAGGACAUCGACGAUGCCAUCCUUCGACGAAUGCCGAAGAAGUUCCCUGUCGUCCUCCCACCCGCAGCACAGCGCAUGAGGAUCCUAAGUCUGAUCUUGAAAGACACCAAGGUUGACCGGGACAACUUUGAUCUGCACUAUCUAGUCAAGGCCAUGUCCGGCAUGUCCGGCAGUGAUAUCAAAGAGGCCUGCCGUGACGCCGCCAUGGUUCCCGUGCGCGAGUUGAUCCGACAGAAAAAAGCCGAUGGACAGCAAAUGGCUUCAGUAGAUCCCAAGGAUGUUCGUGGUCUCCGCACGGAAGAUUUCUUUAGCCGCGCUGGUGGUGUUCGGGUCAUCCCCCCACCCGCGCAGAUGCAGAGCAAAGCAAACUCGGAGAAAGAAUGGAGCACCGAGUCCGAAGCGAUGUCUGAAGCAGAGACACGACCGGCAGAGAUGGCCGAGCCUCCUGAGUAAUCUAUAUAUUGUCUUCCUGCAUCAAUUGGAAUUUCCUAUUCAUGUUACCUCCUUGUCAACUUAUACUUGUCUGACGGGCCCGGCGUUUUCUCCUCUCUGGUUCUCUGGCUUUCUCAGCGUGAAUUGAAUGUCAGUUACAAUUACUGGCUGGUGCACUCUGUGCAUUAAAUGUCUUUUCUUUUCUUUUCUUCUCUUUUUUGGUCCGAAUGGCUUACUAGACAAGCUUCUGUGCAUAGACUGUUGUUAUCCUUUUCUGUAUCAACUAUCACUGAUGGCUCUCC